AUGGAAUCACCCGACAUACUAUCUGGCUCUUUUCUCAUUAGCUGCUGGCUGAUAUGUAUUCUUGGUGGUGUUCUUCUGAACACCAUCUAUCGUAGACUCACGAACCCGUUGUCUCAUAUACCUGGGCCCGAGAUAUCGAAAUGGACGGAAGCCAUUUAUACCUACAACUGGUUAAAUGGAACUAUACCUAUGUACGUUCAUCAGCUUCAUGAAAAAUAUGGCCCUGUUGUACGAAUCGCCCCAGAUCAGGUCGAUAUCUGCGACACAAGCGCCGUAAAGGAGAUCCACAAAACUAAUAGCCGCUUUGCUAAAACUGCCUUCUAUCGCAAGAUAUCCAUAGGCGAUUUGCCCACCACAUUUUCAACCACCGACAAAGACUUCCACACCCACCACCGGCGUCUUCUGGCAUCACCUAUCUCUGACUCUUCGCUGACUCGCCUUGAGCCAAUAAUCGCCAAUCGUAUCCGUAUAGCUGUCGACAAAAUUACAAUGGAACUAACGGAUCAUGGCGUUACUGAUGUGUUCAAAUGGUGGCUGUUUAUGGCCACAGACAUCAUUGGUGAACUCACCUUUGGAGACUCAUUCCGAAUGCUUGAGAUUGGCAAGAAAAAUCAAUACAGCCUCGACAUGGAAAGACUGAUAUCACUACAGCCCUUUCGAACAACGUUCCCGGUUCUAGUGAAGAUUGCAAGAUAUAUCCCCGUACCGAUUAUUAAGAACACAGCGAGAUCAGAGAAGAGACUCAAGACAUAUGCCAUUCAGUCCGUUGAUCGCUACAAAAAGCUCGUCUCUCAAGACCCAUCCAACCCAAAGCCAACUCUGUUUACAAAAAUUUUCGAUGAAAAGAGUGGCAUGUCGGAUUCAGAGAUCGUACAGGAGGCUCAGGGAUACAUUGUUGCAGGAAGCGAUACCACAGCUGUCACAUUGACCUAUCUUACGUAUGCCGUGUGUCGAGACAGCCGAGUGCGAGAGAAGCUUGUUGCCGAGUUGGCUGGUAUUCCUGAGCCUGUCACGGACAAAAGCCUCCGAGACCUACCAUACCUCAAUCAGAUUAUCAAGGAGACAUUGCGAUUGUACACGGCCGUUCCGUUUGGCCUACCUCGACUAGUGCCACCCGAAGGUGCUCAAUUCAACGGGUAUCAUGUGCCAGGAGGAAUCACGGUCUCAACCCAGGCUUAUAGUCUUCAUCGUGACCAUGCUAUCUUCCCAGACCCGGAUAAGUUCAACCCCGAGAGGUGGGAAAACCCAACGAAAGAAAUGAAGGAUGCUUCUUUACCAUUUGGUGGUGGGUCAAGGAUCUGUUUGGGUAUGCAUCUAGCUCGAAUGGAGCUUCGUCUAGCCACAGCGCUUUUCUUCCGAGCUUUGCCUAAUGCUCGACCUUCUACAAAAGAAGGUAUGACAGCCAGCGAGAUGGAGAUGCAAUCCUUCUUCUUAAUGGCGCCGCAAGGCCAUCGUUGUAUCAUCGAGGCAUGA